UUCUAGAAUUCAGAUAUUGCUAUUAAUAAUGGCAUCCUCUAUCAUUUAAUCUUUAUUUCUGGAGAGUUGUUCGGUCGGUAGGUUUUACUUUGGGAUUCUCUCUGCUUUCAAAUAAAUAUUCAAUCUUUUCCAUUGCUACUGAGUGUAUAAAAUGAGAUAAAUGAUUUGAGUCAGUACUCUGCAAGGUUGAAGUAAUACAACAGAAGCUAUGUCCCUGAGGAUCACAGCUUAAGAGUGUAAGACUCUCCACUGUGUACUUUUAUUGAGCUCCAAUGAUUGUUACGGGAGAGGAAGACUCACUGGAAUGUCCCAUAUGUUGGGAAUCCUUCAACCUUGUGGAGAAUGUACCUCAUGUCCUCUGGUGUGGACACAGCCUCUGCAAGACAUGUUUACUCUCCCUCCAACCAGCUGAGAUCAAAUUCCCAAUUCUAUCUAUACACAUACCAGUCCUCCUCUCAUGUCCAUGGUGCCAGCUUUUGUGCUUCAAGCUUGUCUGGAAAGGUGACCUCAGGUUCCCAAGGAAGAACUUCUUUCUCCUCUGGCUGGUUGAAACUGCAACAGGGUACCGGACAACGAAUUGCCCGUCUUCAUCUUCCAAGGAUCAAAAAUUUCUUCAGCCUUUAACUACUGAUUUAGUUACUCAAGGUGGCUGCCUAUCACCACCAUCUGAAGAGCACCUCCAUGAACAUUCUCAGGGUUUCCUUGAUGCAAGGCAAACAAUGAACCAUCUUCAAUCAUCGCUUCAAAGAUCAUUUUCGUCAUUGGUACAACUAACAGUAAAGCUCCCAAUUGUAUUCAUAGUCAUGCUGUUCCUUAGUUAUGUGAUUAUAGGUAGCAUUGUAGUUUUGGUUUUUUAUUUACUGAUCACAUUUAUAUUUGCUGUGCCAUCACUAUGGCUACUCUGCUUCUUCCAACCCAUGUUAGAAAGGUUGGCUAGAGAUGCAAUAGCUUGAGAUCAUUCUGCUCUGUAAGUUAUCUAAUUUGUUGGGAGCAAACUAAUGGGUUUCUGUAUCUAAUGGAGAAAGUGCAACAAUGAUUAUAAAUGACAGAAAAUGAAGCUUGCCCUUUGGUUCAGUAAACUGGGUCUUAUGUGCAAAAUAAAACCCUUUUCCGUUGUUAUGU